AUGUCCACAACACUAGACCAACAAAAAGAGGCCGCCUACACCUUGCUCUCUGGUAUGCUCACAAGCGUCCUACAAAAAGAGUGGAAAAUAACAGACCGCCAUUCGGCACAGUCGUCCGCCCUUCUCGACAUACUACUCCUCCCCAAGCCAGCGCCAGCCCCAACCCCAGCUCCCAUCGCCCCCACAAAGGUUCAGAAACAAAGCAUCUUCCGCCUAGGCAACAGGACCUUCGACCUCGGUCCCGAACGCGAAUCCGAGGCCAGUUCCUCCGACGAUGAUAAUGAUGUUGCUCCGAUCCGGAAUGCGCGGCAGCUUAAGAGCGAGAUGCGUAGGGUUAAUGCGAUUCAAAGGCGUGCGAAGAGGAGGGCGGAGAGGGGGAGGAGGAGGAUUGAGAUGCAUCUUGGUAAGACUGAGGGGGUACUGGAGUUUGAGACUGAGACCAAGACUUUGGAGACUACGAACAGUGUUGCGGAUACCCCGGUGAGGAUGUUGAAGGAGCUGGAGGACUACAAUAGUCCUGCGAGGAGGAGUUUGCUUAGCGAUAAGUCCAUGUCGCCGCGAAGUACUGAGUUCAGUUCGACGGCCAGCGAGGGCAACCAGGAGGUUGAGGGAUACGAUAGCGUCGACAGCCCCAUGUCGGAACCCGUACAGGUACCCAGGCGACUACAACGGUAUACUUGUGAAGCCUGCGACUUCACAACACGCUAUGUCUCCAGCUGGACACGGCAUUUCCAAGGCCAACCGCAUCUGAACCAGGUAGCGAGGAGCCGACUACGCAAGGGGCCAAACACGAACAUGGUCAAGAAGGCAGUCGACAAGAGACCGCAGCGCUACUGCAGCGACUGCGACCGCACAUAUCUGAUGUCCAGCUGGGGCUGCCAUUCAUUGGAUUCGGCACUUGAAGUGUCAGAAGCAUUUGGCUAA